AGCCAGUCCAGUGUGGGUGGUGUUAUAAAAGGCCCCUCAUCGGAACCCAGAAGUCCUGGACUGACUCCCACAACUCUGCCAGUCUCCAGCCCCUGCCCUUCAGUGGUACAGAUGGCGUUCUCCCAGUACAUCUCCUUAGCCCCGGAGCUGCUACUGGCCACUGCCAUCUUCUGUUUAGUGUUCUGGGUGGUCAGAGCCACAAGGACCCAGGUUCCCAAAGGCCUGAAAAAUCCACCCGGACCUUGGGGCUUGCCCUUCAUUGGGCACAUGCUGACCGUGGGGAAGAACCCACACCUGUCACUGACACGGCUGAGUCAGCAGUAUGGGGACGUGCUGCAGAUCCGCAUCGGCUCCACUCCUGUGGUGGUGCUGAGCGGCCUGAACACCAUCAAGCAGGCCCUGGUGAGGCAAGGAGAUGACUUCAAGGGCCGGCCAGAUCUCUACAGCUUCACACUUAUCACUAACGGCAAGAGCAUGACUUUCAACCCAGACUCUGGACCCGUGUGGGCUGCCCGCCGGCGCCUGGCCCAGGAUGCCCUGAAAAGCUUCUCCAUAGCCUCGGACCCGACGUCAGCAUCCUCUUGCUACUUGGAGGAGCACGUGAGCAAGGAGGCUAACCAUCUCAUCAGCAAGCUUCAGAAGGUGAUGGCAGAGGUUGGCCACUUCGAACCAGUCAACCAGGUGGUGGAAUCGGUGGCUAACGUCAUUGGUGCCAUGUGCUUUGGGAAGAACUUCCCCCGGAAGAGCGAGGAGAUGCUGAACAUCGUGAAUAACAGCAGGGACUUUGUGGAGAAUGUCACCUCAGGGAAUGCAGUGGACUUCUUCCCGAUCCUGCGCUACCUGCCCAACCCGGCCCUCAAGAGGUUUAAGACCUUCAACGAUAACUUUGUGCUGUUCCUGCAGAAAACAGUCCAGGAGCACUACCAAGACUUCAACAAGAACAGUAUCCAAGACAUCACAAGUGCCCUGUUCAAGCAUAGCGAGAACUACAAAGACAAUGGCGGUCUCAUCCCUGAGGAGAAGAUUGUCAACAUUGUCAAUGACAUCUUUGGAGCUGGCUUUGACACAGUCACCACAGCCAUCACCUGGAGCAUUUUGCUACUUGUGACACAUCCCAAUGUGCAGAGGAAGAUCCAUGAGGAGCUGGACACGGUGGUUGGCAGGGAUCGGCAACCACGGCUUUCUGACCGUCCCCAGCUGCCAUAUCUGGAGGCCUUCAUCCUGGAGAUCUACCGAUACACAUCCUUUGUCCCCUUCACCAUCCCACACAGCACAACGAGGGACACCUCACUGAAUGGCUUCCACAUUCCCAAGGAGCGCUGUAUCUACAUAAACCAGUGGCAGGUCAACCAUGAUGAGAAGCAGUGGAAAGACCCCUUUGUGUUCCGCCCAGAGCGGUUUCUUAUCAAUAACAACUCGGCCAUCGACAAGACCCAGAGUGAGAAGGUGAUGCUCUUCGGCUUGGGAAAGCGCCGGUGCAUUGGGGAGAUCCCAGCCAAGUGGGAAGUCUUCCUCUUCUUAGCCAUCCUACUGCAGCAGCUGGAGUUCAGUGUGCCACCGGGUGUGAAGGUGGACCUGACACCCAACUAUGGGCUGACCAUGAAGCCCGGGACCUGUGAACACGUCCAGGCAUGGCCACGCUUUUCCAAGUGAAGAUUGUCGAGGCAUCGGUGGGGCCGUCACCCUUGUUUCUUUUCCUUUAAAAAAAAAAAA